AUGGCCACGAUUGCGAGAAUUGAAAUCUUCCGCAUUCCCCCGCGAUGGCUUUUCGUGCGCGUUGAGACCAGCGACGGUAUUGUUGGCUGGGGAGAAGCUACGCUUGAAGGGCACACCGAAGCCGUAGAAGGCGCAUUCAAUGACCUGCGAGAGCGUUUUGUCGGUUGGGAUGCCGAUGCCAUUGAGGAGAUCUGGCAACACGCGUACAGAGCGCGAUUCUACAGAGGUGGCCCUGUCCUCAUGUCUGCGUUGUCGGGGUUAGACAUAGCCUUGUGGGACAUCAAAGGCAAAAAGUUGGGCGUUCCAAUAUGGCAACUUCUCGGAGGCAAGGUUCGCGAUCGUGUUAGGGUCUACGGAUGGAUUGGAGGAGACAAGCCAGACCAUGUCGUUGAAGCCGCUCGGAACCGAAAAGAGCAAGGUUUCACUGCGGUGAAGAUGAACGGCACCGAAUCUGUGUCCUGGAUUGAUUCUCCCACUGUGCUCGAAGACACAGUCCAGCGUGUACAGGCCGUUCGCUCGCUUGGGCUUGACGUCGGCGUCGACUUCCACGGCCGACUUCACAAGGGUAUGGCGAGGCAACUCGCGAAGCUGCUCGAGCCCUGUAAACCCUUGUUCAUAGAAGAGCCUCUUUUGCCCACACAGCCGGAGGAGAUUGCAGACCUGGCACAACUGGUAUCCACUCCGAUCGCUCUGGGCGAAAGAUUGUACUCGCGGGCGGACUUCCGUCCCUACUUGGAGCGUCGUGCCAUUGACAUUGCUCAACCCGAUGUCUCUCACUGUGGAGGUAUCAGCGAGUUAAACAAGAUCGCGAGCCUGACCGAGAUCUACGACGUCGCGUUGGCGCCUCAUUGUCCGCUGGGACCAAUUGCUUUCGCCGCCUGCAUGCAAGUCGGUUUACAUGCCCCAAACUUCGUCAUACAAGAAAUGUCAUGGCAGAUCCAUUACAAUCAAGGAGCUGACCUCUUCACGUAUCUGAGCGACUCAUCUGUUUUUGCCAUCAAGGCCGGCUACGUUGAAGCUUUGACUGGCCCGGGCUUGGGCAUAUCGAUCGAUGAGAACAAGGUGCGGGAGGCCGCUCUUCGACAUGCGAACGAGAAGGCAUGGCGCAACGCUACAUUCAUUGGCCCGGACGGCUCCUUGCGGGAAUGGUGA